AUGUUCCCCACCGAUAUCAAACUAAGCCAGAUCAAAUCCCGAGCAUAUGAGUCGCUCCACUCAAUAGCUGCCUUUCGGAAACCUGAUACGGACCUUCUCAUGGAUAUCCGGAACCUCGACAAUUCUUUGGAGACAUGGCGUUUGGCUAUUCCUGAGAACUACCGCCCGAGUCUUUCGUUUUCACAUGAUAUGGAAGUGGACCCGGGAAGUAUCGACUUGCGUACUUUGAUACUUCGACUCGACUAUCUUUACUGUGUGGCAGUCAUCCAUCGCGCGAGCAAUCGAUGUCUUGAAACUAGUAUGGGCUUUGACGGCAUGGAAACUGUAAUCGCCACUAGCAUUGCCCUGGCGGUCGAGGCUAGUCGUUCCACAUUGAGGUAUUUGCAGACUGCUUUUCAUAUUCUCAAUGAAGGGAGUUUCUGGUUGAUCAUCUUCUAUGCCCUCGCCGCAUCCGUUACUAUAAUGUGCAACAUUAUAGACCAUCCUGGUCUCCCAUCUGUUGUCCGUGAUUAUGAGCUUUUGAAAAAUGUCCCAAGGCUCAUGUCCCAUAUGUCGAUGCACAGUAUGGAGGCUGAAGAGCGUCUUCAUAGAGACCAGUUAGAAUCAUUUGUAAGGGAAUUGCUCCAUGCAGCAGAGCGUGUCAUAUCCAGCAUGAGAGAGACACCGCCAUCUACACCAUCAUUGCAGAACGACAACCAUGUCAACAUGGAUAUACAAGACGGGUUCUCAUUGUGA